CACGUUUUUCGUGUCUAAUGGUGUAUUACUGAUGGUCCGUUCCGGUUUCAUCAUCGUGUAAGCUAAGUAGCUCAUCACGCGAUUUGGUUGUUAUUCGACGCAAGCCACCAAGCAAUCCGACGAAUAACAUCACAACCGAUACAAAUUCUCAAAAGUAGAUCAGCACCAUCAUGGCGGAAGAGAUCGAAAUGGAGGUGAUUGAGCAAGUUGUUGAGCAGGCCGUGGAGCAAGCCAUCGAGGAGGCCGUCGAGGUUCAGGUCGAGGCCGCGGUAGAGGAAAUGGUGGAGGCAGCCAUAGAAGACCAAGUCGAGAAUGUGGUGGAGAAUGCGGUAGAGGAAGUGGUGGAACAGGAAGUCGAGGAGGUCGUGGAACAGGAAGUGGAGCAGGGAAUCGAGGCUGCUGUUGAAGAAGCUGCAGAAAACGGAUUCUGGAGAAAUAUCAUCACUACAAACAUCCUGCCAGCCAUCAUAGCAGGCGUCGUGGCGGGAGUUUCAUCGGGCUUGAUCAUGGAUAACAUUCACAAGGCUGAGGAAAGUGGUAAUUGUGACGAAAAAACGAAAGAGUCCAUGAAAGCUGCUUCCAAAGUAUUGCAAGUUGUGAAUAAUAUCACUGCCCGAUGGAAGGAGCGACUCGAGCAAUACGAGAAAACCAGUACAGGGCUUGGAACAUUCCAGUACAAGGGGGAGGCAAAGGACGCCGGGAAGACGAUCGGCGUACUCGUCACAAGAAUGAAAACGGAGCUGGAGGAGGCACAGAAUAUUGCAACACAAAGCACAGCGAAUGAUUCCUGGGACCAGAAUAUAGAUACUUUCAUGUGGCGGACAGCAAACGCUUGUGAGGACCUACUCGCUGUGUUCACUGUCAAACAGACCGGGGAUCAGCUCCAGCACCUGGAUUUCCCUCUCGAUUCGGACGAGGCUGAGUUGAAACGCGUGCUGGAUGAGCAAAUGCCUGGAUAUAAAGAGAUCAUCAAAGCAGAGCUUCAAAAGCAUCUCGACAGUGCAGUGAGCUCCAUCGCUAAGAAAAAAGCCACCACAGCCGUCAGGGCCUUGAUCAAGCCCCCUAUGACGUCACAACUGAAGUCAUCAUUUAACAAAGACGUCAAACCAGAUAUUGUGACGUCAGCCAAAGAAGCCGCGCGUGCGCAGACGACAGUCGUGAUGAAUCACUAUAUGUCUGAUAUCAACAAGCACGCGGCGAUUCCUGUGUACGGCUUGGCCACUCUCAAGACGUGGAUGGAACAUCACGUGGCGCCUACGGCUAAAAAAGAGGCUACGCAGAAAGCUUUAGAAGCAGCAAACGCCACGCUCCAGUUACCACCUGACCAGGUUAAGAUCAUGAAACUCUCCAAAGACGCCCGAGAGAAAGUGAUGCGGGAAUACAACACUAAAAUCAAGAAAGUCGCGAGAGACGAGGUGGAGAAAGUCAUCCAGAAACAUGUGUGGAAGAACGGGAAACCCGAUAAUACGAAGAAUUUGGCGUAUGCCCGUAGACAGCAAUCAUCUAACUCCUGCUUGAUAUUGUAGAAAUGAGUUCUACUGCCUUGUUAACUUGUUUAUCUACGGUUAAACAAUUAUCAUCAUCAGCCAUUUUCUUGUUAUUGUUUUUCUUCCUUGUAGCAAUCGUUUUUAACUAUCAGUAGUUUUGCUUCUUUAGGGUUCUCUGGGGCUUGCAGUUUUUCCUUUUAUUCUUUUUUACCAUUCUAUACUUUUUUUUAUUUAUUCUUAUAUUAAAACUAGGCUUUUUAGAAAAA